UCUGCACUGAACACUGAACGUGUAUGCAAGCACGACAAACUGUACAACGUAUGAUAAACACUUUAGAAAACUAUGUUAAUAUCCCCAUAUUAUUUUUUCAGAUGCAGCGAGCGUGUACGCUUUGCGUAUCCACGUUAUGUGCGUCAAAAAAUGUAUUCCGACCAAAAUGUAGCAGCUACCUCAGUACAUCUUCAAUCAUAUUUAAUAAUGGAAGUUCAAUGCAAGUGUUUGACCGACAAGCUAAGCUACUGCAAACUGAACGUUCCGCUAGAAACCCAGAACUUGACUCAUUUGAUUUUCUUAAAGAAGAAAUAGGAUACAGGUUAGCAGACAGGGUGCUGGAUGUAUCCCGUAAGAUGGAGGUUUGUGUUGAUAUAGGCUCGGGUAGAGGAUGGGUUUCAAGGCAUCUCACAGAACAUUCUAUUGGUAGAUUAACAGCAAUAGAUUUAUCAGAAAGUUUAUUAAAGACUGCUCCGGACCCGCCUGAUGUUCCUGUAGAAAAACUUGUUAUGGAUGUGGAUGGAACAGAUCUACCGUUCCAGGAUAAUUCAGUAGAUAUAGUUACCUCAUCUUUAUCUCUACACUGGGUAAAUGACUUACCGAAACUUUUCAAAGAAAUUAACAGAAUCUUGAAACCAGAUGGAGUAUUUAUUGGUGGGAUGUUUGGUGGUGAUACCUUAGUUGAACUUAGGGUUGCUCUACAGCUUGCAGAGACAGAGAGAGAGGGAGGGUUUUCUCCUCAUAUAAGUCCGUUUGUUGAGGUGCGAGAUAUUGGAUCUAUUCUUAAUAAAAACAAUUUUACAAUGAUAACUAUCGAUACAGAUGAUCUAAAGGUAAAAUAUGCCUCAAUAUUUCCGCUGAUGCGGGAUUUAAAAGGCAUGGCAGAAAAUAAUGCCGCGUACAAUAGAAAACUUCAUUUACACAGAGAAACCCUGUUUGCUGCAAAUGCAAUAUACACAGAUCUGUACGCAAAUCCAGAUGGUAGCCUACCGGCUUCGUUUCAAGUCUACUAUUGGAUCGGAUGGAAACCUGAUCCUAGUCAGCCUAAACCCCUGAAACCUCAGAAAUCUGAUGUGUCACUGAAAGAUCUUCAUCGACUUGAUGAAGUAGCUCAAGCAUACGGAAUUGUUGAUUUGCCUAAAGAGGACAAAUAAAUAUGAAAAAUAUUAA